CCGAGAUCUCCUCUGCAAGAGCUAUUUAUGCAAGAGGGAGUGCAAUCAGGGGAACCAAAUUUUCUUGCGAGGAAUUGAAGACUGCCCCCCACCGCGUCCCCCUUCUCCUUUCUCAAAGAAGACUAGGGUUUUUCUUUUCUAGCAAGGCUCAACGAAAUUUUCGACAUGGGCCGCCCCAAGGUGCAGCUAAAGUUCAUUGAAGAACAGCGCAAACGGUCGGCAACCUAUAGGAAGAGAAUAGGAGGGCUAAAGAAGAAGGCUAGUGAAUUGGCCAUCCUUUGUGAUAUACCGGCCUUGGCGAUAAGCUUUGGACCCGAGGGACAAGUAGAGACAUGGCCUGAGGACAAUCAAGCAGCUGGAUACAUUAUUCAGAGGUACCGAGAGCUUAGUACCGUUAUCCAAAACAAGCACAAACUCGACUUACCAGGUUACAUGAAGGCUGAAAUCAACAAACGUCGAGCAUCAUGCAAUAGGAGGAUCAGGGAUUUAGCUGAUACGCCACUGUUGCCUACGGAUGAUUUGCUUUGUGCCAUGAACAAGUCACUAAGGGAGCUUGCUCAUCAAUUGGACUCAAGGAUGGAGGCGAUCAAAGAGAGAAUCCAAUUGCUUAAAGACAGACAACACUUCAAUGGAGGAGAGACCAUCAACUUGGGAGGCCAAUGCCUAGAAAUUGUUCCUCGUGAUGGGAUGAUGGGUAUCCAAAGUACAUCUUCUGGUUAUGAUCUGAUGGUUUCGGAUCCAUAUCUCACUCUGAACACUUCCUUGCAAUACCCUCCGCAGCCAAGGAGCUUCAGUUUCUUGCAGUUUCCUUAUGUGCCAGUGAGCAUGGAUGAGGUACCCUUAGCUACGGUGCCUUCAAUUCCAAUGAACAUGGAUGAGGUGCCCUUCACUGUGGUGCCUCCAAUCCCAACAUCCUCGACGUCGCCAUUGGUCGGUGCAAUAUUGGAAAAUGACUCUGCCAACAGGGGUGUGGUUCCUGUCCAUCCACUGAAUAGUUCGAUCGGGUUGUUUGAGAACCAUAAUUUGAUGGGAGGUGGUGCAGCAGAGCAGAAUCAUACUAAUAUUGUGGUGGCUCAGAACAAUGUGCAUCAUCUGGCUGACUGUGCCAGUCCCAAGCAAACUUCUGUCUCCAGUAAACCAUGGCCAUUUGCUUGGAAUCCAUAGGAGAAGUGAUGAUUCAUGCUUCUAGUAGUAGAUGAUUCUAUCAGUUGGCUCAUUAGUUUGUUAUUAGUUUAUCUAACUUUGCUGUAUUUCCCUUGUAAGCCUGGACUCUUGUCACAUUGAUCUAUAGAGUGCCAGCAAUUUUGUAGAGAAGGAAGGGAACUUAUGCUGUUUUGUCCCCUGUAAGCAUGGACUCCCAUGGCUUGAAGCCAUGGAGGUGCCUGCAAUUUUGUCGUCGAGGGAGGGCACUAGUGCUUGUUAAAUUUAGAACAAAUAGAGUAU